AUGGAGUAUAAAAGUACUGAGCACAGCAAAUUAUCAAAGGAAAUGGAAGUUCACCCUCAAGCCUGUAGCGAUGGCUCAACAGCCGUCGAAAUUGCGAAACAGCCAACCUCGUUCCCCAAUCUACCUGCCGAAAUUCAACUAAUGAUAUACGCAUUACUCAUAGAAAGCAAGGGUACAGUCACCAUCUAUGCCAACCAUGCCAUCGGAAAGAACGUCAGCAGGACAACUCUAUGCCUGCUACACAUCAAUCGAUUGAUCCGCAACGAUGUCGAGGACUUCUUCUACACAAACCAGGAGUUCACAUUCAGAAGUCUCAGUGCUGUACGCAACUUCGUUAACGACGUCGGAGCACGACGAAUAGCCAUGGUCCGGAAAAUCACCAUCGAUGAAUGGCUAGGCUCGCGAUUCUACACUCAGUACGACAGUGACGUCCAGGAAAUGCUGAGAAAAUUCUCCGGCCUGGAACAGAUAACAAUCGAGCAGUCGAGUAUACAUUACGGUCGAAACGUGAACGACUCUGCUUUUGUCGUGACGCAGAACCCUCGUAAUCACUCCGAGCGCUAUCGCUUCGGCGCAAGCGGUUACUUGGUAGUGGGAACCUGGGAGAGCUUUCUGCGCGGUAAAGCAUACGUGCCGGAAACAUUAGAGCCGCGGUGGCCUCGACGUCGGACCCUUGUGCUAGUCGGCCCCAGUAGCACACUUUGUGCGGCAGAAGUUGAAGCUGAGGCUAGAAAGAAUGGGUGGGGAAAACCAAUAUUCGACGCUGGAAGCCUCAUUACCUUGCCUACGAUUGACGAAGUGAGAGCGAAGGUAGCAAAGCACCCAGAAGAACUUGUAAGUGCCAAGGCUCGAGAACAGAGGAAGGCGAAACAACGCAAGGCUCGAGCAAUGCGCGGCUAG